UCCUCGCACGUGCAGAAUAUCACUUUUUUUUUUCUUUUUAAUCUUAGAGCGAAGAAAGAAAUCGCAUCAGACCAAAGGUCCAUCCAAAGCUUUUUUGAAUGGGGGAAAAAGCAAAAGAAAACCAAAAGCCCAAAAUGAUAAAACAACAGAUAAUAAUCGGAUAACACAACACACACACACACAUGCUUAUGUUGUUACAUGGCUAAGCCCAACUUUCCCGAGAAACAAACAAUAUCAACAACAACAACAUGGGGAACGUGGGAGGAGCUCCUCCUCGCGUGUGCCGUCCACCGCUACGGCGCCGAUAGUUGGGACUCCGUCUCCUCCGAGCUCCGCAAGCGCACCUCCACGCUUCACCUCCUCACUCCUCACUCCUGCAAGCAAAAGUACCACGACCUCCGCCGCCGUUUCACCCAAAACGCCGUCGUUUCCUCCGCCGCCGCCGACGGCGCAGCCACCGCCAACGCCGCUGUCGCCUCCAUUCCUUUCCUCGACGAGCUCCGCCGCCUCCGCGUCGCCGAGCUCCGUCGCGAAGUCGAACGCUACGACCUCUCCAUCGUGUCUUUGGAAUCGAAGGUGGAGAAAUUAAAAGAAGAGCGCGAACAAAGCUUGAAAGAGACUGAUGAGAGAGCAGAGAAAGCGGAUCUAGAGAAGGAGGACGGGGAAACCAAGCCGGAAAACUGGUCGCCGGAGAAUAUCGCCGAGAAAGCUGUCUCCGGCGAGGGUUCCGUCCACGACGAGCGGUCCGUCGACGAGUCGAAUUCGACGAAUCUCAAGGACGAUGCGCCGGAAACCGGAGGCGCCGCGGCCGAGAAAGAACCGGAGCGGGCGAGGGAGUGCGGAAAACCGGCAGUGGAGGAUUCGUACGACGGGAGCUCGGAGACGAUAGCGAAGGGAUCGGCGGCGGUGUCGCCGGUGGAGGAGUCGGAGAAGGUGAACUCGGAGAAGGACGGCGGCGGAGAGUCGGCGGAGUCGAAGGGAGGGGAGGAGGGGGCGAAGGAGGUUUGCAGCAGCGAGAUGCAGAGCUCGACCAGCUUGUCGAGGAAGAAAGUGGAGGAACCGGACGAACCGGACGCGGAGGAUCAAUCCGUCGCGACCAAGCGGGCCCACCACGUUGAAUCUAAGUCGUUGGCUGAUUUCCUCGAGAUCCUACGGUCUCACAGGUCCGGAUCAUUUUUCGAGCGCCGACUCGAGAUACAGGAUACCACCAACUACAUCAACAUGAUUCGACAACAUAUAGAUUUCGAAAUGGUCAGAAUUAGACUUGAGGAAGGCUGGUACUCAGGCUGCAAGAGCAAAUUCUUCCGUGAUGUGUUGCUUAUUCUCAACAAUGCCAUUGUUUUCUUUGGUAGAAGGUCCCCGGAAUCCAAGGCUGCCUUGGAGCUUCGCUUGCUGGUUCUCAAGGAGAUGGCUCAAAGGUCCGCCAAGCAGGAUUCAUUGCCAAAAGAAGAAACUCAAGCACCGAAACCGGAACCAGAAGAAACAGACAUGUUGCUGAGGAAACCGAAACUUUCGGUACCAAUGAAUGCCUGUCGAAAGCGCAGCUCGAUCACAGCAAGAGCAGCUUCCACGUCGUCUUCCGGACCCGAAAGGAAAAAGGAGCAAACACAAACAAGUGCAUUGCUUGAUGUAAAACCAGCUAUGAGUUGGAAACAGAGUGAUAAGUCCUCGGAUAAAGCCGAGGAGCUUCCUAGCACGAAGAAGAGAAGGAAAGAAAGACUUAGAGCAGGCGCAAAAAACAACAGCUCGAAUAAAAGUAGUGUUAGCCGUUCUAAUGCUGAGAACAACAAGAACUCAGGUGCUAAUUCUAAUGCCAGUCCCUCAACUAAAGGAGGGACUAGCAAUGAGAUUUCGAUUUCAAAAUCAGACAAGAAGAAUAAUAACAGUAAUGCCAGUGGGAAAAAGCAAAGCGCAGCGAAUUUCUUGAAUAGGAUGAAGCGGGGCUCCUUGUCGAGCAACAGAUCGUUGCCAGAGACAUUGAAGGAUUCUGAUAAGAGCAGCAGAGGAGGGGCAGAGCAGAAGAAGAGUGGCGGUAACAAGGGGAACAGCAAGCAAAAAGAGCAAACCUCCACACGCAAAGCGUCCGGUGGGAAGCAGGCAAAAGAGCACGAGAGUCCCUCAAAGAGGAGCGUCGGGCGGCCUUCAAAGAGAGCGGCUGCAGCCGCAGUGCCGGCUAAACGGAGUAGGCAAAGCAUUGAAACGGAAGUGACUGCUGCUCGGAAUGCGAAGAAGCGAAGGAAAUGAGUGCAGUUUUUUUCCUCUUGACAAAGAUGGUUUUGGCUUUGUCAUGCAGAUGAAAUGGCUCUCGGAGGCUGCUCUGAAAGUCAUGAUCUUGUUAUGGCAAAUGGGUCUCUCACAAUCUAAUAGGGAUUUUGAAGGUGAGAUCUUCAGCUAGUGUAUAACUUCUUUGUAGCAUUGUUGAUUAUUAGGGGUUUGGAUUAGUAUAUUAGAUUUUUCUUCAUUUUGGCUAUUGAAACUUCGUUUAUGCACUUUAUUGGUAGGGGGGAUUGAAUGAUCACUAAUAGCCGUGUGUUUUUUUGUGCCGCAUUUUGAUGCUUCUCCCCCUUUUAUUGGCAAGCAAUGUAUAUAUAUCCUUCAUUUUAAAGCUUAAUAUUUUUCAUCUGAGUUUUUAUGCUCCCUUGAAAUCCUUGAAUUAUUUGAUAUGAAAACAUCAAUACAA